AUGCGAUCUGCUCCGUUCUGCACUUUUGCGGAUUCAAAAGGAAGAGCCGCCAAGUACAGGCUGCAUUCGACAGAUGAGGUUGUGAUUGGGUUGGAAAAGGGGUCCCAGACGUUUUUGAAUGCCUUUUCGAAUUGGCCAAGGGUUCCCGUUGUCUCUGCUCGAUCAGAGAGACGACGACGAUGGCCCGACGGCUGUCCACGACAUCAGUUGAGCAGAGAGGCGGGCUUUCUUCCCCCUUCCUUUAUAAUACCUGGGCCCAAGACUUUUGCUUGAUCUAUAUGGCCUAUCAGCGUGCGCUCUUUGUUUGCUUUAUCAUUAAUCCGAACACAUUUUACUUGACUUUGAUGUGAGACGGUGAGCAAACGUUCCGAGUUAAUAAUGUUCAUAACCGAGUAAAGAGAUUUGACUAGGUACUGUCAUCUUUUAAUACAUUUUUGUAGUUUUAAUUACUUUGAUUAUAAUUAUAUCAUUUUUCGGUUUCUGUAAAUGACCAAUUGUGACCUGCAAAACUGUAGUAAAAGCCAUUAUUAUCGUUUUUUUGAAAAAGAGCCAAGUAUUUCGAAGACUUUGCUUAGUAUUUAGGCCACUUAGUGUAACCUUAAUAUUCUGGCCAGUUUGUAUCUUUGGGGUUUGUGUUAAGCUUCCGGCUUAAAGAAUUUUGCAUGAAUAAUGAACUUGCAUCCACUUAAGUCACUUUACGACCAUUUCUAAUUUUACUCUAUUCAAUAAAUGAUUGUAUAAAUUAUUGUGUCUAUGAUUGUACUUUAAAGUAAAUGAAUCACUUUCGAAAGUGUAUCGUGUCAUUAUAACAUUUUUGGCAAUAACAUCCCUUUUAGCGUUAUUUCCUAUCACUUAACACAAUGUGAAUAUAUUUGUAUUUUUUAGCACGUAUACUCGUAAGUACGUGUUCGAUUUCGUAACACUUUUUCGUUUAAUCUUACCAUACGGUCCCCAGAUUUAUGUAUAUAACUCUUGCUAACACGGCAUGUUGUGAUUGCAACAAGUCCCGGCCUCAUUUAAAUUCUGGUUCCGUCUGAGGCCAUGUUCAUUGAUUGGGUUUGCGAAAUGAUUAUUUUUGUUGUCGGGCCUUGUAUUCGAGAGCCGUCUGGCAGGAAGGGACCGUACUGAACGGAGGUACACACACUUUGCGCGCCAUUUCAGUCUUUCGCAAUUGUGGAGGGAACGGAGAGAGAGCGCCGUGCUGUGGCUGGGCAGCUGGCCAAAGAUGGGCUUGCUUUUAGAACAGUUGGUUUCCCUCUUUUUGCUCCAUCGAGGCAACGCUGGUGGGAUCAAGUGGAUACAUUAAUAAUGAAGAGGAUGGAAUCAAGCGAGGUCAGUUCAGCCUUUGUCUUGGGACGAUAGUAUCUAUAUUAUCCAUGAUGUCGGUAAACAUCCAUAAUAUCAGUUUGGUUCAAGUCCAGAAAAUCCUGCCACAUUCUUUUGUUUACUUUGACCAAACUAUAUUAUUUUUCAUGUUAAUAUGCAUAUUAUUGUCCUGCAACUAAUUUUUCUCACUUUAACGUACCAAAACAUUGCUUUAGCUGCGUUCAGGUAGGCCAAGAUUCGUGUCCUAUCGUGUCGCGCAUUCUCUGAUACCAAAACUAAACCGUUAAUGCUCUUUCAGUGCCAUUUUCCUGUAGGGCUUGGUUGA